UGUGCAUUGUGGUAAAGUGCACAUAUUACCGAUAUGACAUGCCCAGAAUGUGAACCUGACCAGGGGCGGACUGACAACUCAUGGGGCCCCCGGGCAAUAGGGGAUCAUGGGGCCCCUGUGUUCUUGCCCAAACUCAAAAAAGCCUAUUAAAAAGGUACCAGGGGCAUCUCAUGGGGCCCCCUACUGACCCCGGGCCCUCAGGCAGUGCCCGAGUUUCCAAAUGGUCAGUCCGCCCCUGAGCCUGACUAAGACUGCAAGGUUGCUGUUUGCUUGCCGUUGUUCUAC